AUGUAUCGCAUGAAAAAUAAGCAGUAUAGUUCUAAAUAUUCGAGAUAUGAUGUACCUGGUUAUGAGGCAGAAACAGAUUCUUCUGAAGAAGAUAAUGAUUCCGAUAGCGGUGACAGUGAACCAUGUAUACGUCCAACUUUGAAAUCUUCAAGAGUUGUUGAUAGGAGGUACAGAGAUCAUAGAUCACUCAGACCUACACUUGGUGUCGCAGCUCGUAAUCGGCUUCGUUCUCAACCCAUUGAUGCUUAUUCAUCCACUACUUAUUCAUCAUCUAACCUUGAAACUACUACAGAAACAAAUGAGACUGACCCAAGUGACCUUUACACGCCUAUUCCCUAUAAUAGAAGCAGAAGAUCACCCGCUCGUCAUCUGCUUAUGGACGAGGUAGAUAUCUCACCGGUUAGACCGGAGCAUCAGUUCGUUGCACCAUCUGUGCCAUCACUUAUAAAAAGAAAUUUUCAACCUACUCUCACAUCCACUACUACUUCUAUACAUAAAAUUUUCCCAAUACCCAAAACUAACCCUCGUCUCGGUGGCGGCAUGGUUUGCUCUACCCCCCGUUCCUCAUCAUCCGGGCGUGGUCCCUUUUUCUCAUUAACCACUUCUUAUGCUCAAGCUCUUAAUAUGGAAAAGCAAAGACCUAAAUCUUAUUAUGGAACCGAAGCAGACACCUCGUCAUUUUGGGAUAAUACCCGGGCAGCUUCUCUUCGUUCCAUCCCCGAAACAGUUAACUCUGGUUAUUACAGACCAGAGAACUUCGGACUGCAUGCAGCAUACGCUAAAAAUCGAAACACUAAAGGAAUAAUGUUUUUAACCAUGACAAUGUCUGGUAAUAUGUUGACUGUCGCUAUUCAUAACGCUGUAUACUUUUUGGAAUCAGGCCCUUCUGUGUGUUCUUUUGUACAGGCGGAACUUCGUACAAGAGAAAAAGAGGACAGGCAUGAGCACAGAAAGCGACAUUAUCACCACGAUCGCAACGAUCGCCGAGAACGCAAUGAGCAUUCUCAACAAUCUAACAAGGAGAAGCAAUGCUUCCGAACUGAUUUAGUUCCAUCCACUAAUAAGCCGGAAUUUAAAACAGUUUUUCAAUUUCAGUUAAGUACUCAUCGACGAGCUUCUUUAUUCAUUUGUGUGUGGGCUAUGAGUGCAGAGCACGCUGGAUUUAAUAUUAAUAAGAAGAAAAUGCUGGGAUGUAUGACGUUCCCGAUUUCCAGACUGCUGGCCAAAGCUCGUAAAUGUAGUGCUACUUGCUUCGAUGACGAAAAUAUGUCUAUGGAAGAAGUAGUUGUCAACGAUGGAGGUUUUUUCCUCCUCGACGAUAAGGACGGACAACGUACUAACAUGCCGCAACACAAAAUUAAUAAAGCCGAGUUUUACGAUGACCCCGCGUUGAGUGGGAGCUGUGCUCUCACCACAGCCAGCUACUCAUCCAGCAAUCUGACUUCACAGAUGCCUAUGGAGGAGUUUGCCAAAGCCUCUCGUGCAUUUGGUUCUUCUCUUCUUCCAGGAGGUUACUCAUCGGCUGAUGAUGUUCGAGUACACGACUACACAUCUGCCUCCAGCUCUUCCAACUCACGAGAUGCCAGUGAGUUUGGAUAUCACGGACAGCACAGGGCUACUCUACCAUGCGUCCUUAACGCCCCGAGUAUCACUACCACAAGUGACACUACAACCUCUGAACACGACGUGUUUGGUGGUGCCCCAUCUAAACCCGAUUACCAUUACCUUUACGUAGAUAAUAAUGAAAAUGAUAGUGAACAUAAACUUGACGUCAAGACUAAGGAUGUGGGUGUCCGGAGAGCUGCCUCUUUCACUUUCUCUCCAAGAGGUGCUGCCGAAAAACAUAACAAACGUCCAGUUCAAGUAAAGCUGAAAGAAGAAGAAAAAGAAAAAAGAAAAUUGCGUGGUCCAAUCUCAAAGACGAUCAGUUACAUUCGGAGUAAAAUGGAUACUGCUCUUUCAACCACGUCUUUGUACGCAUCGAAAGAGGAAAUUCGCCAAUGGGAAACAUGCUUUGAAGCUUUACUCAAUCACAAACAUGGAUGUUCCCUCUUCCGACAGUUUCUUAAGAAGGAGUUCUCGGAUGAGAAUGUGGAUUUCUGGCAAGACUGUGAAGAGUUCAGAAAAAUGAAAGAAGGCAAGAAAGCCACAACUCAGAGAGCUCACGAGAUCUAUAGGGAAUAUGUAGCGGAGCAGGCUCCUAAAGAGGUUAAUCUUGAUUCUGAUACACGAGCUGCUACAAAGGCUGCUUUGGAAAGUGGCUGUAAAACUGACACAUUCCUCUUGGCUCAAUCCCGUAUCGAACAGUUGAUGGAGAAAGAUUCUUAUAGGAGGUUCCUUAAGGAUUCACUCUACCUUGAUCUCCUUAAAUCGAUAGAGAAUAAUGAAAUCGAAGGUUCAAAUGCUUAA